UAAUGUUUUGAAUGUUUCGUGUAUUCUUAUUUUAUAGUUAAAAAAAUAGUUUUAUCAAUGGAAGCGACUAAAAUAUUACGUGUUAGAUAUUUUAAUAACAUUUUGUGUGGUGUUUGUGAUAUACUUCGUGUGUUUGGUCGGACAGAGUAUUGAACAAUAACUUCAGUGAAAGUGUGGUUAUGUUGACAGUUGAUUUGUUCAAAAAACAAAAAUCAAAUCGUUAGAAUAGUGUUUUGUAAUUUUAUUUGACGUAGAUAAAAUUGUUUUAAGUGUGGAAUGGAUAAUAUUUUAAACAUUACCGAUGUGUACAAUAUCCAACAAUACAUAAAAGCAUUCAGCGGGCCGACGCCACUACGAGUGAACGUCGGAAAGAAAACGACUCGCGUAACUAUCGUUCGACUGAAUAGCGUGCGCGUAGUCGAUCGUGACGUGCAAUGCCCAGGGCCCCGCGCGCCCCUUCACCCCUCGCAGGGCUAUGGAGACCCUCCUCGAUAAGUUCAAGAAGGAGCAAGGAGGACUACGAAGGUCCCGAUCCGUCCGCGCUUCCCUACGAUUGAUUGGAAACCGUUGGCGAUCUACUAAAGACGAGGACGCAUCCGACGAAAUUGAAUCUAUCAAGCGUGACAACGUCGUGCUUACACAGAUAUUUAACGGCGAGAAGGAUUACAACGUAGCGUAUACGGGCAUCGACGGCACGUACAAAGCGAAAACACCGAGCAUGGCGAAACGGAAGCAGGAACCCGUGAAACUCAGGAAGAAGAGCGGAGACAUCGACCUAACCUUGAAACCGCAAAGGCACAAGAGAAUCGAGAAAACAAAAUUUAGUGAUUUAUUUAACAAGAAACAGAAGAGCAUUUCUGCGAAAGAACUGCUGGUUCCCGAGAAGAUUCCCCCGAAGGCUGCGGCGAUUUUGCAUAUCAAUUCCCCAGAGAAAGAUAAAGGAAAAAGAAAAUUGAAAGGCAUGGGCAAAUCGGAGAGCGCCAAACUGAUAACGGAGCUCGCUACACAUCGGCGGACGCGGAGAGGCUCCGAGAGCGACAUGACGUGCGGAAGCCAACCACGUGGGUGCGUCAAUCAAGCGUUCGUGUACAGCACUCCGCCUAAGGAUAGGAAGCAGAUACCUUUAUCUCCAUCGGCCUACUUAAAGCUCCAGUACGGCACGCUGUUGGAUGGGUGCGGGGGGGAGUUGCCGUCGCUGAGCGCAUGCGCGCCGCUCCCCCCGCACCUAGACAAAGCAGCUCGCCGGCUGCAUAAGGAUGCGCGUGCGCACCAGGAUAAAAUCACACAAGUUAACAUACAUUUGCAGGCGCUUUUUGCAGCGGUCGAACAUGGCUACCUCGACAAGGCACGAAACAUCUUGGAGUCGACGGACGUGGAUGUCAAUAGCCUCAACCCAGACGACCUGUCGCCUCUGGACGUGGCGGUUCUGGCGAACAAUCGGCAACUCGCCAGAAUGCUCAUGGAGUUUGGAGCUAAGGAAGGACCGCAAUUCAAAAACCCCGAAGCUCUGGGCGCUCAUCUGCGCAGAUUAUCGCGAGAGGCGGAAUCGCGUCUGCACGAAGUAACCGGAUACAUUCCAGAGAAGGCUUGUCGGGAUGAUGUUUGCAGGUCAGCCGGUCAGGCCGGAACUAUGGGCUGUGCUGGAGGAACAGGCUCCGAGAAAGACAAACAAACUCAGCACUGGGAGAGGAGGGUCCGGACAUUGAAGCGGCUGCUGCAGGGCUGGCAGCAGGCGCGCGCGCCGGCGCCGCUGCCCGCGCCCGACCUGGAGGUGUGCGGCGCGCACUCCGUGUGCGUGCGCCUCAGGGACGCGCGCGACGUCCGCGACGUGCGCGACGCGCCCAUCGUCACCAAGUAUAAAGUGGAGUGGUCGUCGCGCGGCGACUUCUCCAACGUGUGCGGCGCGCGCGAGCUGAGCGCGGUGGCGGGCCUCACGCGCGGCCGCCGGUACUUCUUCCGCGCCGCCGCCGGCAACCUGCGCGGCUGGGGAGCCUACACCGUCUCCGUGCCCAGGAGCGUCGUGCCCAGCAGUGAGUAUCGUCUGACGUGCGGCGCAGCGGCGUCGUGGAAUGCGAUCCUUACGUGGCAGGAGAAAUAUUCUAGGAUCUCAGUUAUACGCUGGCGCGACGCGUGCGCGCGCGCGGGGCGCGGCGGCGGCGGCGGCGCGGGCGCGGCGCUGGAGGCGCUGUGCGCGGCGGCGGGCAGCGCGCGCCACCGCGGGCACGCGCGCCUGCCGCGCAAGAAGACCACCAUCCGCCAGCUCUUCACCGCCGCCAGCAAGUUCCAGAAGAACCUCCGCAGGGGCGUGUACCUGGCGUGCAUCAUAUACCACGAGGACAAGGUGCUGGUCACCAGCGAGGAGUUCCUGCCGGUCAUAGAGGUGGACGAGACCUACCCGGCCUGCAUCUACACCGACUUUCACUGGCUCAUGAAGGUGUCGUGUUCCUGGGAUGAAGUGAAGUCACUAAGAUCAGAUAUGGAGAAGCACACCUCCUCCUCGAUACACUUCAGGUUGAAGCUGCUCACAGCUGCAGCACAGAUGCAAUCCGCGCUAUGUAUACAAGACUUAGGUCAACUGUACCACAAGCCACUCCGAGACGCUCACGGCACGGUGGUUCUUUCUUGUGUGAAUAUGGUCAAGUCGCCAAAAUCUAUCUCCGCAUUGAAUUCAAGAUGGGCUCCAGUUUCCAAACUCAGACGGAGAGUUCUCAGUGAAGAUAACACGAUGGGGGAACUGCUGAUGGCGUCUGUCCAUGAACAGAUCGCUUACCACCAGGUAUCCAGAGAUCAGUUACCCCGUGGUUUAUACUUAGGCUACCUCAAGCUGCAAUCCUCGGUUGAAGUCGUACGGAUCGUGGCUCCAGCGAGAACCCCUAACGUCCCUCCACACACUAGAAUAAGGGAUAAUCCGCAUGUGUCCGCAGAAGAAUGGGAGUACCUAAAAUCUCACUCGGGAAAAACUGCCGAUGAAACACAAUCUAUAAAUAAUUUAGUGUCAAUUGGAAACAACGAACAACCUUCAGAAUCUCAAGAGAUGUUCAUCGAACAGAUCGCCACGGCCACGCGGAGACUCUUCCGAGACAUGGAGAUACCGGACGAGAACGUCAGCGCCCACCGAAUAUAUGAUCUCGAAGUUAUUGAACUCAACCACGAUGUCAGUUUCAUCAUGAUAUGUCCGCCGGCGGAGCAGGCCUGUUCCGUGCCCGGGCAGAAGGAGAUCCUGCUCCAGAAAGGAGAUCUUCUAAGUCUUCCCAUCCAGGCUUUCGAAAUGAUCCACUUACAAACUUACCAUAAUAACAUUUUAAAUAAAUACUCAAAACUAAGCUGUGUAUUAGAGUUAGAUGUAGCUUUAGCCGCCCAUUCCCAAAGAGAAGCGUUCUCCUGCAGCGAGCUCCAGACUGCGAAAGAGAGAUUGACAAAAUUAGAAGAUCUCCAAAACAAUUUAAACCUAAUAUGGAAGGCGGAGCGAUGGCUGAUGGACCUGAUAGGUUUCGCGAGAGAUAAAGAUAAAGCUGGCCCCAGUUCGGGAAUAUUGCUCAAAAAUGUACUCGACAAUACCACGUCCAAAACUUCUAUCGAUGGACCGGACUGUGGGGAUUCCGAGAAAGAUAUCAACUUAAAAAUAGAUUUACUCCAAAUACCUCCACGAGACGGGAAAAUUACUAAAACGUCGCCCGGCCGCGGCUCCUGGCCCGGACCGGCCGGAAACGGAAACCAUACUAGCCUACAUCCGGAAUUUAGUAAAUCUGAACAACAACUUAGUCUAGCUCCCCGUCAGACCUCAGUUUCAACCUUAAAUCUGAGCGGUUCGCAAUAUCUUCAUUCUGAUCCGAAAUACGCCAGAAAAGGAAGCGCCGAUUCCCAAUUCACACAGUCGAGCAUCAUGAGUAAUAAUUACAUGAGUAGCAAUUCACAGUUCGACAUCAAAUCUUCAGGUUCUCACGUCAGUAUUUCCAACAACCGCCUUCCUCCAUCUCGGAGCGAAGACACGUUAGUGCUUCAAAACGAGAACAUUGAACCAAAGCCACGCCCUCACAGUAUUAACACCAGCGUCUCCACAUCGUCCAGCCCACUGCUGAUGGUGAAGAACUUUUAUCCGGGAAGCAUGAUCAGUGUGAAAACUGGCAAAACGAACGUUUCAGAAUCCGCCCAAAGUCUGUCGAGUGACUCCGAGAGCCAAAGCUGUCCCAUUACGACAGCAGUUCCGCAUAAAAUCCGUCCGUCGAAUCACCGAAUACAGUGCAACGUUAUUUCAUCGAAGAGCAUGAAUAAUGUGAAGAGUUCCGAAGUGGACUUCACGGACACCGGCCAAGACUUGUUCAGCAAGGGACACUGUGUCAAGCGGCAGCCGUUGUUGGAAACGCAGGAAGAAAUAGAGUAUAAUAAUAAGGUUCCUAAGACUGAUGGCAGACAGAGCGAUACCGAGGAGCGAACUGGUACUCUACCUAUAGAGCAGAGAACUUCGGAGCAAGCGGGUAUUUUGCAGGUGUUCGCCGCGUACGAGACGGGGCUGGCGGCGGGCACGUCGCUGAAGCUGCACGUGACGCCGCGCACGUCCGCGCGGGAGGUCAUCGACCUCGUCGUCAAGCAGCUCAAUAUGGCCGCCGUCCUCAAAGGGAAAUCCGGUCCAGUUUAUGGUCCUGAGAAACUGCAAGACUUCUGCUUGGUGGCCGUCAUAGGAGCUAGAGAGAGAUGCCUGCGGGACGACUUCAGACCGCUCCAGCUCCAAAACCCGUGGAGGAAAGGAAGAUUGUACGUCAGGCUCAAACAUGACGUGCUAGCGGCUCUGCAGCAUUCUGCCAAACAACCAGCUUACAUUUAAACUUAGAUCAAUCUAUUUUAAGAAAAGAGAUUAAUUUUAUCGAUGUAGAUAAUAAAUACGAGAUAUAUUAUUAUUAUUUUUAAAUGAGGUCUAUAUCUCCGAAUAAAUAGUCUUAGAUGCUGAUAUAAUAAUUUUAAUUUUCGGUGCCAAUUAUUAUUUUUGAUGCUUUAAACGACUAGUAUUAUAGUGAAGUUGUGAGUAACGAUAGAUGGACUCCGGAAUGUUUGGUGCUUAUGACUGUAAGAUACAUCGCUCUUUGAAUGACAUAUUUUCAAUCUUAUCACUGUUAGAUUCUAAAGAAAUUAAUCUUUGUAGCUUUUCCUGUCUGUCUGUGUUACUCGUGUAUUACUCUUAAUACAAAUUAGAUCUAGCUCUGCAGAUUCCUGAGAUACUUGAACUAUUUUCCAGUAUAAAAAUCUUAAUAAAAUUGUCUUUAAAUAGACUAUACAUAAAGAACUAAAUCAUUUUUAGUGUUUAAUAAGAUUAUUUCAGGCAGAUUCUUUCUUAUAUAUAAACAAAUUAAGAAACUUACUUUUAUGAAACACAUCUGUAUAUCAUAUACAUAAAAAGUGCCUGAUUGUUUAUUUGAAAAAUAUAAAGUAUUUUAUUAUAUCUCACGUUUAACAGAGAUUAAAAGAACUCAAAUGAGUAAUGAUUUUAAAAAUACUUCUUACAUUUUUCUCUUGCUCAAAGCAUAUGACUACCAAAAAAUUCAUACAUCAGGGCAACAAAAAUAUGUAAAUAAAGUUUAAUAUAAAUUAUAUACAAAAUGAUAGUAAUGUGUGUAGUUGAUAUUAUAAAUAUCCUUUGUGAUUUUAUAAUUAAUGCCGAAAGAGGGCUUUUUGAAAUCAACGGAAUAUUUAAGAAUACUUUUAGAUUAACGUAUAAAGUGUUACCUAAAUUGCCAUAACUCAUUUUUUAUAUGUAUAGAUAAUUAUACAACAUCAUUUUUAUUGAUUAUUUCUCGUAAAAUAAUUUAAAUUACAAUUUGGUAACAUUACAUAAUCGAAUCGAAUCUAUUUUUAAUACCAAUGAGUGUCUAAGAAUAUUUUAUCUGUGCAAAAUACAAAAGAAAUUGUAAAAUGAAUGAAAAUUCCUUUUAUAUUUCCGUUUCCGAAAUUUAAUACACUUUGUUAGUUAAAGGUUAUUGAUGUAGUUAGUACAUUGUAUAAUAAUUAUUGUGAAAAAAAUAUCAACGAUUCGAGCCAUUCUUACGGAUUGCAAUUAUUGUUACAAUAAAGCCUAACUAAAUGUCUUAUGAUGUUAUAUUAAUAAAAUUGUUUUAUUUGUAGAUUAUUUUAAUAAUGUGUAAGAUUCACCCCUAUUCGCGGUGUUGUACAUUAGAAACUAGAGAAAUGGAAGUAUAAAAUUAUGCACAAAAUAAAUGUAUUUGA